GGUUCCGCCCCGCCCCCCGCUCUCCAGCCAACCCCUGUGACGUCUCCGUCACUGUGUAACGGUCUCUAGGGCGAAGCUAGGGAGGGCGGGAGCUCAGGCUGCUGCGCAGGCCCUCAGGCCCCUCCUCCCAGGACUACGGCUGGAGCCGAGGACAUGCCGGGGUUGAAGAGAUACGAAGUGGCGCUGGAGGCAGAAGAGGAGAUCUAUUGGGGCUGUUUUUACUUCUUCCCCUGGUUGCGGAUGUGGCGGAGGGAAAAGAGCGCAGCACCCCCCCCGGGGCAGAAGCUGGAACCCCUUCCCCGCCUAGUGAGCUGCCUGUCCAGGGGCUUGGGCCCCCACCCCUCCAGGCGAAGCAGUCCCCGCCGUCCGGCAGUGCCGCCCCGGGGCACCCAGCAAGCAUCGGUCUAUCGGGCCGGGGCCCAACCGCUCCCCAGCAGUACCGUGGAAUCGUCAUCCAUUGGUUGUUUUGAAGGAACUGGGAUGGGAGAAAUGGACUACCAGAGGCUCCCUGCACAGCCUAAGCUCCCUAGAAGCAGCAUGAAGGGGAUGGAGCUAAUCCUAAUUCUGACCCUGGUGCUAUUCAACUUCAGCCCCAGGAAAGCACUACCCCCAGACCCCAGCAUCUCAUGCUGCACCCAAGUCUAUCGAAAGAAUCUCCCCAAUAAAUUACUACGGAAUGUCAUCCGGGUAGACCUUCAAGAAGCCAAUGGUGACUGUCAUAUAAAGGCUUAUGUGCUACACCGAAAUCAUCAUCGAAGACCUGUUUGUGUUCACCCAAACAACCGUUCUCUAGCAAGGUGGUUGUACCGAAACAACAUGAGGCCGAAGGAUCUUGGUCCCAGCCCUGGGCUCAACCCAACUCCCUAAACCACCUUGCCCCCUCCAUUCUUCCAGUCUCCUGUAAGAACUGAUACAUUUCAGUUCAGGUCUUUUUCCUAAAAAACCCAACCCAAUCUACAGCCUGACCUUCUGGGAGUGGAGUGUUGGUCAUUUCCUUAGAGGCCCAAGGUGGGGGGGGGAGAGAUCAAAUGGACCUAUGGUUGAACUCUGCACAGGAAACGGGAAUUUGGCCCUGAGGAUCAGACCUGAUGGAAAGCAGCCCCCUUCCCAUUGCCUUCAGGUAACUUUUUCCCCUAAUAAAGCUGAGCUGGACAGAA